AUGACCAUCUCCCACUACGGUGUCUGGGUCUGUCAGCCUACUCACUAUGCCGCCGAGACGGAGAAGCAGGACUCCAAGUCCCCUCACAUCUACCUUUACUUCACCGACGAUUCCUCGUCGAGCAGGAAGCUCGAGGCUGCCAUCAAUGUCAAGUCAACCGAUAAGGAUACGCGGCUCGUCUUUUGGCUGAAUCGCAAUUUCAGCCACCCCAUCACCGAGCAGCUCUCGAACCUCGAGCAAGGGUUCCACCUGACUCAGUCAAAUGCUUCGGACAACUCAGCCCAAGAGAACUACAGUCAAGAUUCUUCUCGCCAUCAAAACCACGGUCACCACCAUAAACACGGCAAUCGUGAACGCCUUGUUCGUCGACAAGAGUCUACCUUGCAGGGCCUUGACUUCGUCCGUACAAAGAACAUUGUCGAUAUCGAAUCCGGUCAAGUUCUUCCCCAUGAUAUCCCCGGUCCUAACAAUGACAUUCUGGAUAAACUCGACCCCAUUCUGACCGACGCAAUCAACAAGAAGGCGACUGCCUAUAUUUUUGGAUCGUCAUACGGCUCUGGAAUUCAUGAUGUCCACAUGAACCAGGGCAGUCUUCCCAAUUUUAAUAACGGUAUCUACGAAGAUGGGGCAUUGCUGUUCAAGUUCGAUGAUGGACACUGGGAGGCUGUCUUCCUGGCUUUUGCCUCACAGAAGAUCCCUACAGAUGACCAAGGUGAAGCGCAGUCAAACAGCAAGUCGCUGGCGGAUAUUCUGCGGAAGCAAUGA